AUGUCUUACUUGAAAAUUUCCGCUUUGCUUUCAGUUUUGUCCGUCGCCUUGGCCGACCAGCGAAUCUCUGUCACCGUUGUUGGUGAUGGUAUCAACUCAGGACUGAGAUCCGGAGGGUCUCAUUUUGAGGCUGGACCAAAUGCUGCUGGUACCCCCUUAGAUUUGAUCCUGUAUGAGCCAUCUGGUUUCUUGGUAGAUGCAGCAGAUGCUUCCAAGUACGUUGGUUGGGAUGUUGCAGCUGGCACUUCUUUGACUUUUUUGCCACAAGACCAAGGAGGCAAAGAUUGGGGAAUCGUUGCCGGUAACCUCAGAUUCAACGUUGGAGGUACUACAUUCUAUGCUUGUGAGACUAGGACCGGUGUUUGGGAAGUAAAGAGUUACGAAGCUAGUGGAUGCAAAGCUGUGGUACUUUCCGUAGCUAGUCACCCAGUUCCUUCUUCCAGUUCUUCCAGUUCUUCCCAUGCCCCAACUUCCUCUGUUCCAUCUACUUCGUCUCAUGUGAGCCCAACUACCACUCAACCUCCUCACACAACCAGUUCUCACACCAACCACACAUCAACUACCUUGACCACAUCAGGUAGGAAUGACUCGAACCACUCCAACCAUACCAUCCCACCAGUUCCAACCGGUGCCGCUAUGGGAGUCUCUAGCAACUAUGGUUUGUUGGUUGCAGCUGGAAUUGCCGCCGCUGCUUUGUUAUAA